AUGGCUGGUUUUGGUGCAAAUAUAGCUGAUGCAUUUAUUGACAAUGCAGCUGAUCGAUUUGUAAAUAAUUUUAUUCCUGGCAAUGGUGUUUUUCAAACGGGGGUUGAUCAAUGGCUUAAUAAUGAUAUCAACAGAAAUUUCGGUGGAGGACUUGGAUCAACUUAUGGAUAUGGUUAUGAUAAUGGAUUCGGAGGAGGAGGAGGAGGAGGUUAUGGAGGAGGAUAUGGUGGAGGUGGUUAUGGUGGUGGUGGUUUUGGUGGAGGAUUCUUUUAA